AUUGAUAAUGCAAUGUCCCCGUCAACUGAGGUAAAUUGACGGAACAACCGAUAAACUACUCUAAUAUAUAUGUUAUGUUGCAGUUGUAACUUGCAUUGUAUCACAAAAAACUAAAAAAUGACCAUUCUUCAUGCAACGCUUGUUAUCACUAAGCUACUAUUAGUAUUCUUCUCCAAAUUUUCAUCUGCAGGUGAUACUAUUACCAAAUCAGAUUCAUUUUUAGAUGGCAGCACCUUGAUUUCUAAAGAUGGAACCUUUGAGUUGGGUUUCUUUAAUCCAGGUAAUUCCCCGAACCGCUAUGUUGGAAUUUGGUACAAAAACAUCCCAGUUAAAACAGUUGUUUGGGUUGCCAAUCGUGAUAACCCAAUCAAAGACAACUCGAGCUCGAGCAAGUUGAAAAUAAACAGCGAAGGAAAUCUUGUUCUUCUCAACAAUAAUCAGUCUAUUCUAUGGUCAACAAAUGCAACAAAGACGGCUUCAAGUCCAAUUGUUCAUCUCUUGAACAACGGAAAUUUAGUACUUAGAGAUGACAAUGAAAACGAAGAAGACAGUUUCUUGUGGCAGAGUUUUGACUAUCCAGGUAAUACAUUAUUACCGGGAAUGAAGAUUGGAUGGGACAAGAAAACCGGCCUUAAUAGGCGUGUCACUGCGUGGAAUAAUUGGGACGAUCCAUCGUCAGGCUACUUUAGUUAUUCAACGAAACUUACCAGUAAUCCUGAAGUAGUAAUUUGGAAAGGCUCAGAUGAGUUCUAUAGAACAGGACCGAUGAUUGGUGCUUUGUCGGGUGGAGUAUUUGGUUUGAAGCCUAACCCAAUUUAUAAUCACUACUUUGUAUACAAUUCAGAGGAAGUGUAUUACAUGUAUACACUCAAGGACAAUUCUGUGAUUUCCAUAGUUGUUUUAAACCAAACUCUUUUAGUUCGUCAACGCCUUAUAUGGAUUCCUGAAUCGAAAACUUGGCAUGAUUACUUAAACCUACCACAAGACAAUUGUGAUGCUUAUAAUGUUUGCGGUACAAAUGCAAAAUGUAACAUUGACGGAUCACCAUUUUGUCAGUGUUUAGACGGGUUUAAGCCAAAAUCACCACAACAAUGGAUCACGACGGAUUGGACACAAGGAUGUGUGCGCAGUGGGAAUUGGACAUGUGGAGUCAAGAGUAGAGACGGUUUUCGUAGAAUUGCUGGAGUGAAGUUGCCAGAUACUACAAAUUCUUGGAUUAAUGUAAAUAUGACAAUUGAUGAUUGCAAGGUUAAAUGUUUGCAAAAUUGUUCUUGUACAGCUUACUCAAGCUUAUUCCCAAAUGAAGAAAGAAAGGGUUGUUCCAUAUGGUUUAAUGAUCUUAAAGAUUUGAGACUUUCACAACCUGGGAGAGACUUAUAUGUUCGAAUUGAUGCAUCGGAUAUAGGUGAUAAACAUAGGCAUACCAAGCUAAUUAUCUUGUCAGCUUCAAUCAUCAUGUUUGCAGUCAUUGUGAUGCUAUUUACAUUCUACAUUUAUAAAACAAAGAUAAAGUAUAAAGGUGAACAUGACGAUUUGGAGCUUCCUUUCUUUAAUAUUACUACAAUAUCUGAUGCCACGAAUAACUUCUCGAUUCGCAACAAACUCGGUGAAGGUGGUUUUGGACCGGUAUAUAAGGGUAUGCUGCGAGAUGGCCAAGAAAUUGCGGUCAAAAGGCUUUCGGGUAGUUCCCUGCAAGGAUUGAAAGAAUUUAAGAAUGAAGUGAUAUUAUGUGCUAAGCUUCAACAUCGAAAUCUUGUUAAAGUUAUUGGUUGUUGUAUUGAAAAAGAUGAAAAAAUGCUGGUCUAUGAAUACAUGUCAAACACAGGCCUAGAUUCAUUUCUUUUUGAUCCAAUUCAAAGUAAAUUGUUAAAUUGGUCUACGCGUUUUGACAUUUUGUAUGGAAUUGCUCGAGGUCUUCUUUAUCUACAUCAAGAUUCAAGGUUAAGAAUCAUACACAGAGAUUUGAAGGCAAGCAACAUUUUAUUAGACAGUGGUAUGAAUCCUAAAAUUUCAGAUUUUGGUCUUGCUAGAAUGUGUGGAGGUGACCAAAUUGAAGGGCAAACAAGUAGAAUAGUUGGCACAUAUGGUUACAUGGCACCUGAAUAUGCCAUUGACGGACUAUUCUCUAUUAAAUCAGAUGUAUUUAGCUUCGGUGUAUUAUUGCUAGAACUUAUAAGUGGAAAGAGAAAUCGAACACUUCCCUACAAUCGAUACGAUCACAAUCUUAUUGGGCAUGCAUGGAGAUUAUGGAAAGAGGGAAUUGCACACACAUUGAUUGAUGAUAAUUUAAAAGACACAUGUAUUCUUAAUGAAGCUUUACGGUGCAUUCAAAUAGGACUUUUAUGUCUACAACAACAUCCCGACGAUAGGCCAAACAUGACAUCUGUUGUUGUGAUGUUGAGCAGUAAUAAUGUUUUACCUCAACCACAUGAACCAGGUUUCUUAAUUAAAAAAAUAUCAAUCAAAGGAGAAGCUUCUUCCGAAAGACAAUCAUCGUCUUCAAUAAAUAAUAUAACUAUCUCAAUAUUAGAUGCAAGAUAGAAAAGAGUAUGGUUAAAUGUAGUUUUGAGUUCUGUAUUUUAAAAUUUAAUAGUUUUUGUAUUCAAAUAUUUGGUUUAAAACAUUGUGAUAUAUAACACGUUUUAAAUGAAGUUUUUAAAGAUUUUUGUUACCA